AUGUGCCUCGCCGGCCAUUUAGAGGGCGGGUAUCUGAGGAUAUCCGCUCAGAUACCCGCUAAGGCGGGGGGAUAUCCGCCAGCGGAUGCGGAUAAUCCCCCAGUCGGUUUAGGAGUCAAUCCUCCAAGACCAACCAGGGUUUGGGGGUUGACAAAACAAAAGACCCCCACGGAAGCAGCUGGGAGGAUUCCUCCCAGCCACUCAGAUUAUACUCUCAUGGCUGAGGAACCACCUCAACUGCUAUGCUGCGGCUCAGCAGCUGGAGGUAGAGAUGUCGCGCUCAAGCUCCAACGGGGAACAACUCUCCCCACGAGGGUCCCUAAAGACGCUCGCCGGGAGGGUUCCUCCCGGCGAGCUGGUUGUGUACCAGCUCGUCGGGAGGGGUUCCUCCCGGCGAGCGUCCACAGGCCAACUCGCAGGGAGGAACCGCUCCCAGCGAGCUGGUUUUUAAACCAGCUCGCCGGGAGGGGUUCCUCCCGACGAGCUGGUCUGUGUACCAGCUCGUCGGGAGGGGUUCCUCCCGGCGAGCUGGUUUUAAACCAACUCGUCGGGAGGAACCCCUCCCAGCGAGCGUCUACAGGCCAGCUCCCAGCUUGCCGGGAGGGGUUCCUCCCGGCGAGCGUCCACAGGCCAACUCGCUGGGAGAAACCGCUCCCAGCGAGCUGGUUUUUAAACCAGCUCGCCGGGAGGGGUUCCUCCCGACGAGCUGCCUCGCCGCCCAUUCAGAGGGCGGGUAUCCGCGGGUAUCCGCGCGGAUACCCGCCAACGCUGGCGGGUAUCCGCUGGCGGAUGCGGAUGUGUGUUUCCGCUGAAAUCGUGAGCGGAUAUCCGCAUCCGCGCGGAUAUCCGGAUUCGAUGCGCCCAUCUCUAGCUGGAGGAGACCAUAUCUGUCUCCUCCAGGCCACACUUGGCGUAAUCCAUACUGAUUACCCAGUCUACGCUCCUACAUUAACUGCCAAACCAGUCAAAGGUUUUGGAGGAUUGAAUUGCAAAGCCAACAAGAACCCUGUCUCCAAGUUACAAGGAAAAAAAUCUUGGAACUGUGUGCAAAGCAGUUUUUGCAGUGCACACAGGCACAGGAUUUCUCCCGCUGCCUCUCAUGGGUGCCCCGCAAAGACCCGAAGCGCUCUGAUCCGCUGGCUUUUCAACCUCCUGAGCAGUCCGCCCGAAGCAGUGUUCACAGAUGAUAUCACCGGCGGCGCAGUAGAUGGCCGAAAACACCAGAGAUGCCGGAGGUUAUUGCAAGGACCAGUCAAGCAGAGGGCGAUGAACUGCGAUGACGGCCUGCGCUUGGAUCAAUCAAAACCCAACUUCAUCAACGAUGAUGAUAUUCGAUGCUAG